AUGAUGAGCAGGCACCUGCAGCCAUACCAAGUCCUGUCCGAAUUCUCCAAGAGAUACGGCGCCGUGGUCCAGCUCCAGCUCGGUGAGCACUCCGACAUCUUGAUCUCUUCCCCUGAAGCCGCCGAACAAGUGCUGAAAACCCACGACAGCGCCUGCGCUUCGAGACCUUCCGGCCUCGCACAGGAAAUCAUCUUCUACGGCUGCAAGGAUCUGGUCUUUUCUCCCCACGGCGACCACUGGAGACAGAUGCGGAAGCUCUGCACCAUGGAGCUGCUCUCCGCCAAGCGCGCCCUGUCCUUCCGUUCAAUCAGGCUCCAGGAGGUCGCCAAUCUCGUCGCCUCUAUUUGCGCCAGCGAGGGAAACCCCGUGGAUUUGAAACCCAUGGUGAUUUCGUUGACCAAUUCCAUCACUAGCAGGUCGGCUUUCGGCAAUGCCCCGAAACAGAGUGCGAAUUUUUUCCCGGUUGUGGAGAGUAUGGUGAGCUCGGGUGGAGGGUUUCGGGUCUCGGAUCUCUUCCCAUCGAUCGGAUUGAUUCCGGUUAUUAGUGGGCAUCGAUCGAAUCUCGUCGCGCUUCAUCGAGCAGCGGAUUCGAUGCUCGACGAAGUAAUCAACCAACACAUGGAAAACAGAGCACGACGGCGACGACGACUCCAAACUAGUACUGAUGAUGAUGGUGAUGAUGAUGGAGCCAGAGAGGAUCUCGUAGAUAUUCUUCUCAACUUUCAAGAGAAUGCUGAUCACCUCGACCUCCCCUUAACCAUGGACAGCAUGAAAGCAGUUCUCCUUAAUGUGUUUAUUGGUGGCGCUGACACAACACCCGGAACAAUAGAGUGGGCGAUGUCUGAAAUUAUGAGAAAUCCAGAGGUAAUGCAAAGAGUACAGAAAGAAGUGAGAAGUGUCUUUCGUGACGAAGUUGAUGAGGAAGGACUCCAUAAGUUGGAGUACUUGAACGCAGUUAUCAAAGAGACUUUUCGGCUGCACCCUGCUGGUCCAAUACUUCCGAGAGAAAGUCGAGAGAGUAUGGAGAUUAAUGGAUUUCACGUCCCACAAAAGAGUCGAAUCAUGAUCAAUAUGUGGGCUAUAGGAAGAGAUCCUGCUUAUUGGGGUGAAGCUGAGAAAUUCAAUCCAGAGAGGUUUCUCGACUCUGCAAUUGACUACAAAGGAACACAUUUCACAUUCUUGCCUUUUGGAGGUGGAAGGAGGAUGUGCCCUGCAAUACAAUUUGCGAUGCCCAUAGUUGAACUUACAUUGGCAAAUUUACUUUUUCAUUUUGACUGGAAGCUCCCUUGCGACAUGAGACCAGAAGAUCUAGACAUGACCGAGCACUUUGAUACUGCGAUCAGGAGGAAAGAAAAAUUGUGUCUUAUUCCCACGACAACAACUAGUGCAAGGCCUUCAAGACUUGGAUGA